AUGAUCAGACAGAGCAGGGAGAUGAGAAGCAAUGGCCAUGUAGAUGCCACAGUGCAUACACUGAAUGGACACAAUGGCAUGGAGUGCUCGGAAGGAACAAAAUCCCAAAAUGCAGAUUUCACAAUGCAUACCACCAAUGGGCACAGCAGCUACAGCCUGGGCACUGUGGUGUGUGUUAUCACAGGAGCCUCCCGGGGGCUUGGCAGGAGCCUGGCAUGGGAGCUGUGCCCCAGAGUGAUGCCAGGCUCAGCCCUACUGCUGGUGGCCCGCACAGAGCAGGCAUUGCGUUUGUUGGCGGAGGAGCUGACACUCCAGUAUCCAGAGAUCAAAGUGAGAUGGGUGGCAGCAGAUCUGGGCACAGAGGACGGGGUGAGGAGGGCAGUGCAAGCUGCACAGGAGCUGAAUGGACGUGACACGGCACAAAGGGUCAUCAUUAUCAACAAUGCAGGGUCUAUGGGGGACAUCACCAAAUCUUUUGUGGACUUUACGGACCCUCUAGAGGUGAACAGAUAUUUCUCCUUCAACGUGUCGUCAGCGCUGUGCCUGACCUCGUCCCUGCUGAAGGUUUACCGGGGACGUCCAGGGCUACAGCGGUUGGUGGUCAAUGUCACGUCUUUGGCAGCUCUUCAGCCAUUUAAGUCUUGGACGCUGUACUGCGCUGGGAAGGCAGCUCGGGAGAUGAUGUUCAAGGUGCUGGCCAUGGAAGAGCCGGAUGUCCGUGUUCUCAUCUACGCACCAGGGCCCCUGGAUAACAUCAUGCAGGACCAGGUGCAGAGUCACACACAUGAUCUCGAGGUCCGCCAACAUUUCAUAACAAUGAAGAAAAGCGGCCAGCUUGUUGACUGUUCCGUCUCUGCGAAGAAAAUGAUGGACAUUCUCGAGGAAGACACCUUCAAAUCUGGCGAUCACGUGGAUUUUUUCGAUUAG